AUGUUGAAGUACCUCAUAAUCGUGGCGGUGGCUAUUUACCUCGUACAACUUAGUGUCGGGAAAAAAACCUUGGACUACACCAAGCCGAGCAAGGAAGUUGGAAAACUCUUGCGAUCGAAGAAGUUGCCAGGAUAUCCGCAUGAGUACGGGUUUGGCUACUACUAUCAAGGAGAUAUUCUUCUGAGACCGGGCGAAAAAAGUCGAGUUGCCAUUACCCGUCCAACGAAUUACGACGUAUGGCCCAAUGCCACAGUGCCCUAUGAGGUUUUUGCCUUCUUCACUGAUGAAGAAAGGGCACUUCUUGACAAGGCAUUUGCACAGUAUGCGAAUAAGACCUGCGUUCGGUUUGUACAGCGCACAGACGAAUCGCAGUAUGUGACGAUCACUAAUUUCGAUGAAGGAUGCUAUUCCAAUAUAGGACGAAAUUUCAAUCCGGAGAAUAACAUGCUGAAUCUGCAGUCACCCAAUUGUAUGCAAACACUCCGUACUCCAGUGCACGAACUGAUGCACACGCUCGGUUUCCUGCACGAACAGUCCCGUCGUGAUCGGGAUACUUACAUUCAAUUCUUCCCCCAAAACUUGGCGCCGAAAUAUCAAAAUGCUAAAUUUAUAAACACUAACUAUGCAAUAUAUAAUGGAUCUAGUACUACUUACGGCGUGCCAUACAAUUAUGGUAGUGUGAUGCACUAUUCACGCUUUGCCGGUGCUGCUACAUCGAUCUUUCCGGUGCUAGUAAGAAGAGAUAAUCCCGCAGCUGAAUUGGGUAAUAACUAUGGACUGACCGAAGGUGAUGUGGCACAGAUCAAGGCCCGCUAUUGCCUGGAUGAUUGAUGAGAAACAAUUGAUUUGUACUUUGACUUAAAAUAAACUUAACUAUACGAUUGCAAUUAAUUCGAAAGUUUCAGAUACAUUUCUUGUAAUACGUCCUACUACAUGAACAACUGCAUAGGAAUCCUACUGUGAAUGAAGGAGUUGAUCAAAUUGCAGUAUCUGUGGGUUUUCAAGUGAGAUAACAAUGCCGAAAAUCUUUUAGUGUGUGUGUUUUUCUGAGUAUGGAUUUUGUAAAUUAAAUUAAAAUUUUUUUAAAACAAAAUUGGCUAAUUUUAGACCACCGGAGCCCACAA